ACAUUUGGAUGUAUUGUCAAAUUUUGUAACGGCAGGAAACUCAUUUCCAAUUGAUCGGUUUGCAUAAACUAAUGUCAUGAUACCAAGCGGCUGAAGUGUGCAUCUCCCACUCACGGCACAUUUGAGCAAAAUAUGUCCACAGAACAUCCCCCCUUUCAAUACUUGUACAAAAUUUUGCAAACUUUUUUGAGAGUAGAGUAGCAUUGCUUUCAAUUAAAAAAAGGCACCUACCAAUUAAUAUAUGUUUGAGGAAAGCUCAACUUAAUGCCGAUAUUCUCCCUUUUAAAAAUCCUCCACACGAGGCUUCGCGCACCAUUCAUAACUCUAUUUCGAAAAAAUUGGAUUAAUACGCGCCCAAACUUUGGAAGCAGAAUAUUUUACAAAAUUCGUGCACCCAUGUCCUCAACUUCACUUCCCUUUUCUUCAUCCAAGAAAAUUUAACUGCGCCGCAUACUCAUUAUCAGUUUUUAACAGCCAAAGCUUACUACUAUUUCUCUGAAUCCCAAUCUCGAAUGAAGGGUACAAAAGUUGACUAAGCUCACUUUGCUCCUAUGCCUGGUCCUCAUCAUUUACAAGGAAUCGAUGAAAUUAAUCUAUCCGCUUAUUGGAGACUUGGACUGGUGCAGUUACCGUCAUCAGUGCUACUUGCCAAUCACCUUUAAUUGCUAUUUUUCGUUUAAUUGAACGAUCUCUUCAGAAAUUUGCUGGACAUACAUAGGCCACGCUUCAAUCGCUCAAAACUCGAAGAAAUAGUGAAACAAUGUCAACUUCAAAAAAACAAAUGGGGCUAAUGUUGGGUUUCAUCGCAGACCACCCGGAAAUGGCGAAAAAUUACAACGAAUGUACAGCGCAAAAACGUGAACAUCUGAAUAGAUUGUGGGACGAGCUAACUACAGAUCUAAAUUCACUCGGUUUGCCGAACAAAAGUUUAGCGGGGUGGCGAAAAGUUUGGGCAGAUCACAAAUACAAAGCAAAAAAAAAGUUGAGGAGCAAGAGAAUGUUACUUCACAAAAGUGGAGGAAGGUCGAGCGAGGAGUUACCAUUGACAUCUAAUCAAGGGAGAAUUGUUGAGUUGACAAAUUUAGAGACAACAAUCGUGGGCGAUGCAAUUAACGACGAUCCUUUGUUGUCCACAAGCAUAACACUGCAAAGCCCUACUAUGAUGGACUGCUUGGCUGAGGAUCCUAUUCCAACGUCAAUCUCAAAGAAGCAACUGGAGGUAAUGCUGAGUUUCAUCUCAGACCACCCGAAAAUGGCCCGAAAUUUCAACCAAUGUACUGCCCAGGAACGUCAAAAUCUGAAUAGAUUGUGGGAUGAGCUAAGCACGGACCUAAAUGCAAUGGGUUUGCCGAAUAAAAGUUCAACGGGGUGGAGAAAAGUUUGGGCAGAACAAAAGUACAAGACAAAAAAAAAAUUGAGGACCCACAGAAUGUCCUAUCAAAAAACCGGGGAGAUAACACUGACACCCAAUCAAGAGCUAAUUGUUGAACUGGCAAAUUUGGAGACAGCAAUCAGUGGCGAUCCAAGUAAAACUUUUGAAGACGACACAUUGCCGUCUACAAGUGGAACACUGAGAAGCGCUAACAUGAUGGAUUCCUCGGGCGAGGACGACAUUCCAACUCCUCCAAGAAAGAAGCGAAAGUGGGCAUCCCAUAAUGAAAUGGCAGAAAAGAUUAAUACACGCUCUGAUAUCUUGGAUUUGCUUCGGGAGCACAUCAAAGGUGAACAAGAAUACAAGAAGAAAAAAUUGCGACAACAAGAAAAAAUAGCGCAGCUAUUAAGGGAGAGAAACGAGGAGGAGAGGUCGUUCCACUCUAGCAUGUUAAAGUUGAUCAAAGAGAAAAACGGUCUCCUUCGACAAAUACCACGCGAAUUCGAAAGUGAAGAGGAUUAAUACAAAGUUAAUUUUAUUUAUUUCCUGUCCUCACUGCUUAUU